AUAAUUUUUAUAUCACAAAUUCUUGUAUGUGACAGUUUUAUCGUGAGAUAAUAUGAGACACGACAAAUUAGUAGCAUUCGGACUAGUUGUUUCGUCUCGCCAAGAGAUAACCCUCUCACAAGAGUAGCUCUUUCUGUAUAAAUAUAACCAAUCAUGAAAUGUAUAAUUUACUAAGGCCAACCAACCUAUCUUAUUUCUUCAUUUCCAAACCAUAAGCAAGUAAGCAUGUUCCCAGUAGGAGCCAGCAGCUUAUGGUCAUGGUGGUGGACUACCAACAAAAAAUCCGAUGAAACUUGUCGAAACAUCUUAACCACCCUAGUCCCUUUGUUUACAAUUCUGUGCUUCGUUUUCCUGACAAAGAAACGUAACCAUCAGAACGCUCCACCUCCACCACCACCUCCAGGACCUCGAGGCCUACCAUUAAUCGGAUAUCUCCCAUUCUUGAAUCCAAAUCUCCAUCACGGUUUCAAAGAUCUAGCCAAUAAAUACGGCCCAAUAUUCAGAAUCUGGCUUGGAAAACAAGAAUGCAUCAUAAUCAGCUCACCAUCUCUAGUCCAACAAGUUGUUAAAGAACAAGAUGCAAUAUUUGCUAACCGAGUACCAAAUAUAGCAGCACAAAGCGUCAUGUUUGGUUCACUUGAUAUCGCUUUCGCAGAUUAUAACGAUGAAUGGAGGAAAAUGAGGAAAAUAUUCGCAAGCGAAAUGCUUAGUCGUUCUAACCUCGAUGCUACCUAUAAUCUCAGAAAACAACAUGUAAAUAAAAUGUUAAAAGAAAUUUAUAAGGCUAGUACUAGUAAGGGUGUUGUUGAUAUAGGUGAAGUAGUUUUUGGUACGCUUAUGAGCUCGAUAAUGAGUAUGGUAUGGGGGGAUGUAUUCGAAGAGGAUGAUAAGGGCUGUUCUGUGAUUAAUUCAGAGUUUAGAAGUAAUGUAAAUAAACAACUUGAACUUUUAGGAACACCAAAUGUUUCAGACUUGUUUCCUUUGCUUGCUUGGUUUGAUUUACAGGGAAUUGCAAGCCAGAUGAAGAGGAUUUCAAGGAGGAGUGGACAAAUAUUUGAUUUAGCUAUAAAUCAUUGUGUUAAUGGAGUAUAUAAUGAACAAAAUCAUUUCUUGGGUUAUCUUUUGACGCUUACCAAAGGUGAAGAUCCUAAAAGAUCAUUGACCUUGCCUCAAGUGAAGGGUAUGCUCAUGGAUGUCAUAAUUGGGGGAACCGAUACAUCAAUUUCAAUGGUUGAAUGGGCGAUGGCGGAGAUACUACAACAUCCAAAAGUACUUGAAAAAGUCCAAGAAGAACUAAGAGAGAUGGUGGGACUAAACACUAGAGUUGAGGAAAGUGAUAUACCCAAGUUAAAGUACUUAAAUGCAGUUAUAAAAGAGGUUCUUCGUUUGCACCCUCCAGUUCCACUCCUUGUUCCACAUUCUCCAAGCAAGGCUUCAACAAUAGGAGGAUACAGCAUAUCAAAGGGUGCUAGUGUUUUUCUUAAUAUAUACACCAUUCACAGGGACCCACAACUUUGGGAAGAUCCGUUACUGUUUAGACCCGAGAGGUUUUUAAACGGGUCUAGUGCUGCAGUGAUUGACUAUUUGGGUAACCAUUUUCAGUUCCUUCCAUUCGGGUCUGGGAGGAGAAUAUGUGCUGGUAUUCCACUUGCUGAGAGGAUGUCCAUUCUUGUGUUGGCUUCUUUACUGCAUGGUUUUCAAUGGGAGUUACCCAAGGGUGUUACUCAGGUUGAUUUGUCUGAGAAAUUUGGAAUUGUUGUGAAAAAACAAAAACCUUUGUUGCUUGUACCAACUCCUAGACUCUCUAGUUUCGAACUUUACUCUUUAAGUCUUCAAGUCUAGCUUAUUUUAGAAAGGGCCAUUUGGAAAACAGUUGAUAGCUGAUUGCAGCUUGUUUAAAAAUAGCUUAUACAUAACAAUUAUUGAAUUAUAUAUGUAAUAAUUAUUUGGUUUUAUUAGUUUUAUGAAUUAUAUAAUGUAUAAUUUCGUAUUAUAAUUUAUCAUAAAUUCUCAAAUGAGUGAGAAUAU